AUGGCCUUUUUCCUGAUCAAUCUCAACUUCAUCGAGAAGCAUCACAACUCACAAUCCACCCCACUCAUUCCAGGCCAACCCCCGGAAGAAAACAAACCCACCGCAACAAACUCUCAAACCAUGUGCACCGCGAAAGCCCAAAUCGCAAAAUGCGGCCACACAGUCGAUUACGAGAUCAUGAUCCCCUGCAAGAACCACCCGGGCAGCGGGCCCCCAUGCGCCGCCUGGGACGAAAACCAAAUGAAUAAAGUCCUCUUGACAGACUACCCUCCGGUUUGCAUUAAGUGUCAUCUUCAGAAAGAGAAAAUGCUUUGCAGGCAGUAUGUCGAUGCGGAAAGAGAUCUUGUGAGGUUUGCGGAGCGGAGGGAUGGGUCGCCGAAGGAGAUUUGGGAGGAGAGGUUGAGGAAUGGGGUUAGGAUGCAGGCUGAUGUUUAUGAGUUGGAUGGGAAGGUUGGAAGGGAGGGAGCGUGGCGGGAGGACACGAGGAGGUUUGAUUGGCGUAGGGUUUGA